GUUAGCAGCAAAGGAGGAAGCUACACGUUGGGCAAUAAUCAGUAGAUGCAGCACCAAAGGAGUCUUUAACAAAAAAGACUCUGCCAUCUUCUUGUUGCUAUAGGACAUGUAGAAGAGAACAAUUUCCUGAUAAACAUCUAUCGAAGUCAUCUAGGGGCAAAUUGUGAAGAAUCAUGUCAAGCAGAAAGAGUAAGAGGGGCCAGAAACUUGGCUCCUCUCGGCGUAACAAAAAUCGGAACCAAGAAACUGAAGAAAAAGACAAUGAUGAUGGAUACCAAGACCCUGGAAAAGAGGAGCCUGAAAGUGAGUGUCAGUUUCUCACAGUUUCUGAAAACCAAUCAUCUAAUGAGUCUUCACUGCUUCAUCCUGAUCAUCCAGUUGUAGUUUGCACCAGCCCAAGCAGUUCAGUCCUGGAAUUUUCUCCUCAACCACAGUCAAAGGAAUUUAAUGUUGUAUUGGGACAAGCUGAUAUAACAAGUAAAAAAAGAAAAAUGGGAUCAACUCGCAAGGGCAACAGAAACUUCAAAUUUGAAGAAAUUUCUGAGGAUGAGCCAGAGCACAGAGUACAGCUAACUGAAUGUACUAGUGAAAAUGAAGGCAAUAGCAAAAAUGCUGAAUACCAAAACUUAGAAGCAGCCCUUCAAAGCAAACACAUGGACAUCUCUUCUUCUGAACCCAACCAGCUCCAUGAGGCAGAAUUCAGUCAAGUUUUAAUGCAUGAUCAAUCCAAUUUAAAUUGUAUCAUUAAUGACACACUGGAAGUUACUGAGGUACAGUCAGCAUCUUUGAUAUAUGAACAUGAGCAUAUGACAGAAUUCAGUCAAGAUUUAAAGCAUGAUCGGUCCAGUUUAAAUGUUAUGGUUAAGGACACACUGGAAGGUUCUCAUGCUGAAAAUAUAAUACAAGAUGAAGUUACUGGAGUACAGUCAGCAUCUUUGAUAUAUGAACAUGAGCAUAUGACUGAAGAUGACAAAAUGUCUACAGUUAUAUGGGAAAAUGUUAAUAGCAAAGCAAGCACAGAAGAUGAGAAGACAGUUGAACACUGCCUUGAGCAUAAGGAUACAUCUUUACAGCUAACUGAGGAGACCAUUUACAAGUCUGAAAGUACAGAAGUCAGAGAGGAUACUGACGAGUAUAAGGAGGUAAGUGCAGCUUGGGAUAGAACAGACAAUGAUUCAUAUGAAGGGCUCACAGAAACAAACUUAAACCAAACAAUGGUGCCAUAUACAAACAUCAUUUCACACCUUAAAAUGAAAGAUCAAGAACUAGGAACAUCUUCAGAACAAAUCCUUUCAGAUGAAUUCCAAUUCCAGGGUGACAGUGAAAUUAAGUGUUACAGAGAAGAAAAAAAUGAUCUUUCUGAGGCCAGAUGUUGGACAGGAAAAAGUAGUGCAGAUGAGAAAAAAGGCAAUGCUAAAAAUGAAGUGGACAUGCAUUAUAAUGAAGAAAAAUAUAGAGACACGGGGACAGAGGGAGAGGUAGAACAUGAUGACAUGCAAUCUGCAAAUUCUAAUCAGUUGUUAAUCUCUAAAGUAAGUUUCACAAAUAUGUUAGAUUCUGUGACAGAAUCUGAACUAAUAUCUGCUAAAACACUGUAUGGAGCAACAGAAUCCAACAAGACAUGUAACCUUCAACAUAACAAUCCUAAGGAAUUUACAACUGCAUUAGAGAUGCAGUCAAAGGAAGGAGAUUGUUCAGAUCAGAUGCCUGAGAAGGUAGACGAAGAUAGAUCUGAAUUUUCAGACAUAGAAACUGAGGUUGCUGGGGAAGAGAAUAAUGACAUAAAGGAAGAAAUAAAAGUUAUUUCCACAGAAAGUUUUAAAACGGAGGAUUUUAAAAGAGUGGAUGAUGAGAAGGAUGGCAUGUCCACAUUUAUGAAUGAGCUUGAAAUGGCAUCAGUCAUCACAAAUAUUCAAGAUCAUGCUAUUACAGGGCAGGCAUCUAUAGUAAUCGAAGAUCAUGGUAUUGAGAGUCCUGAUAAAAUAAGUACCUGCCCUUGUCUUGAUUCAGUGGAGCUCAUUCAUGAAACCCAAGUCAAAUUAGACAUGCCAGUGUAUAAUCCCAUACCUGAUCAGAAGCAAAACAUGUAUGACGAAUGUCAAGUAUAUCCAUCAAAUGCAGAGCAAUUUGAAAGCACAUUUCCAGUUGUUUACAUUCAGGAAUCAAUACAGGUUCAGGAUAAUUCAGCAUCAGAAAAUGUGAGCUUUAGCCGCUCUAAGAAAAACAAGAUAGAUUCAUUUCAAAGGAAUCUUAAUGGACAAAACUCAGGAGGUGACCAGAAUGCAAUGGAGGAAACCAUCCAGGUGCAAAGCUUAGAAGAAAGUACACCUGUCUCAGAGGAUGAAACACUAAACUUCACUGCCGAAACAUGUUAUCAUCAGUCACCAAAUAUGAUAGAACCUGAAGCAAAAAAAAUAGAUGAAAAUGUGAUUAAAGCUGAACAUCUGGUUGAUACUGAGGUCCUCAAAAUGCAAAGAAGAACAGAAGUGGCUGAAAGUAUAAUACGAAAUGAAGAAACAACAUGCGGGGGAGACAAGCAUAAUCAACCCAUAUCAUUAGAAGAUCCCCGUCAAAAUACUUAUCCAGAUUUGAAAUUGGAACAGUCAAAAAUAUCGGAAUGUACUGAGAUUGUUACUGAUAGAAUAAAUACUGACCAUACCGUGACUUUUGCCGAGCCUAUAGACACAGCUGAAGUAGAACAACUGCUAGAGGAAAAGAUUCUACAAGCUACCCCUACUCCUAUUCCGAGCUCAAACAGUAACAGUAGAAAAAUGGGAUCAAUACACAGGACUCUUAGAGAAAAGAAAAACGAAAAAGAUAAAGAGGAAGAUAUGUAUGUAGAGGAGAAAGAUACGGCUUUCACAAAGAGAUCUACGUUAUUAGGUCCAGAUACUGCAGCUAGUGAAGAGAAGGAUAAUGAUAGAAAAAAAGAAAUAAAUGCUGGCCACAGAGAAAAAUGUACAACAGAAGCAGAAUAUACACAACAAUAUAUGUAUUCUGAAAUAUCCUCUCAGACUGUUUUAUCCUAUCAAACUACAAUCAAACAUUCAUCAUCUCUAACAGAGCAUACUGAUUUCCAAAAAGAUGAUAAAAAUAGUAUAGAGAAUUUGGAAAGUAAAAAUGCAGAAAUCCAGCCACAACCUCAGACUAGGAAAAAGAAAAAAAUUGGAUCAACACGGAGACCGAGUGGAAGACACCAACCACCUCCAGAAGGAGAGGAAGGAGAAUGGAAAGAGCUGGAAAAUGCAGAAGAAAUUGAACAUCAAUUAAUAACUCAAGAUGCUGCAUCAAGCCUGAUCAAUGAACCACAGAAUACUAUGAGUGAGGUGACACCUAACAUCCAUGACUCAACAGUGACAACUGAACAAAUAGAAAUUAUUACCACAGAUGUAGAAACAGGGACUGGAGGAAUCGAUGCACCACCUGCCAUUUUAUCAAUUGAAGUUGAUCAGAUUAACACUGUGGUUUCUCAUGAGGUAGGCACUGCAGGAGGAAUCGAUGCACCCCCUGGGAUACAGGUUAUUUCAGACAUGCAAAUGAACACAGAAAAUAUUCAUACAAUUGUGCCUGAUCAGGACCAAAACAUAACACAAGAACAGUUAGAGAAUCUUACAAACUGGGAAUCAGAACAAGACCAACCUGAAAGCACAAACCCAUUGCUUCAGGGACAAGAAUCACAAUUGUCUCAGGUUGAAGUGAUAAAAGAAAAUGAAAACACACAGGAACAAAAAAUGGACCAAGACAGUACAAACGCUGGGGUUAUCAAGGCACACAAUAAUGAUACAAAGGAAGAAAUAAAAGCUGGUCCUACAGAACACUUUACCGAAGAGGACAUCACAAGCGCAUGUUCACAACAAUAUGUGCUUUGUGAAUUAACCUCUCAAACUUCUGAUCUGGGUUUAGCUACAAUUGAAUAUCCUUCACCUGCAACAGAGCAUCUGGAUUUCAAGGAAGAUGAAGCAAAUAGUAUAGAAAAUGUGGAAAGUAGAAAUGCAGAAAUCCAGCCACAAACUCAGACUAGGAAAAAGAAAAAAAUUGGAUCAACACGGAGACCGCGUGGAAGACACCAACCACCUCCAGAAGGAGAGGAAGGAGAAUGGAAAGAGCUGGAAAAUGCAGAAGAAAUUGAACAUCAAUUAAUAACUCAAGAUGCUACUUCAAACCUGAUCAAUGAACCACAGAAUACUAUGAGUGAGGUGACACCUAACAUCCAUGACUCAACAGUGACAACUGAACAAAUAGAAAUUAUUACCACAGAUGUAGAAACAGGGACUGGAGGAAUCGAUGCACAACCUUCCAUAUUAUCUGUUGUCGUUGAUCAGAUUAACACUGUGGCUUCUCAUGAGGUAGGCAAUGCAGAAGUACUGACUGAUACCAUAGAGCAAAAGGAAAAGUCAGCAGUGCACGAAGUGAAGGAUUCUGUUGUCAUGCAUUUAGAUGAGCAAGAAAUGGCACCAGUCCUCACAAAAAUACAGGACGAUGCUUUAAUAGAGCAUGUGUCCUUAACAGUCAGAAUGCAUGAUAAUGAGAUUCCUGAUAAUGAAUGUGCCAGUAGAGCUAAUGUUCAUUCUACAUGUGAGAAUGUGGACAAUAGCAAUGCAGAAAUCAAGACGCAAUCCCAACCUAAGACAAAGAAAAAAAUUGGAUCGACACGGCGACCACGUGGAAGACACCAACCACCUCCAGAAGGAGAGGAAGGAGAAUGGAAAGAGCUAGAAAAUGCAGAAGAAAUUGAACAUCAAUUAAUAACUCAAGAUGCUACUUCAAACCUGAUCAAUGAACCACAGAAUACUAUGAGUGAGGUGACACCUAACAUCCAUGACUCAACAGAGACAACUGAACAAAUAGAAAUGAUUACCACAGAUGUAGAAACAGGGACUGGAGGAAUCGAUGCACCACCUGCCAUUUUAUCAAUUGAAGUUGAUCAGAUUAACACUGUGGUUUCUCAUGAGGUAGGCACUGCAGGAGGAAUCGAUGCACCACCUGGGAUACAGGUUAUUUCAGACAUGCAAAUGAACACAGAAAAUAUUCAUACAAGUGUGCCUGAUCAGGACCAAAACAUAACACAAGAACAGUUAGAGAAUCUUACAAACUGGAAAUCGGAACAAGACCAACCUGAAAGCACAAACCCUUUGCUUCAGGGACAAGAAUCACAAUUGUCUCAGGUUGAAGUGAUAAAAGAAAACGAAAACACACAGGAACAAAAAAAGGACCAAGACAGUACAAACGCUGGGGUUAUCAAGGCACACAAUAAUGAUACAAAGGAAGAAAUAAAAGCUGGUCCUACAGACCACUUUACCAAAGAGGACAUCACAAGCGCAUGUUCACAACAAUAUGUGCUUUGUGAAUUAACCUCUCAAACUUCUGAUCUGGGUUUAGCUACAAUUGAAUAUCCUUCACCUGCAACAGAGCAUCUGGAUUUCACGGAAGAUGAAGCAAAUAGUAUAGAAAAUGUGGAAAGUAGAAAUGCAGAAAUCCAGCCACAAACUCAGACUAGGAAAAAGAAAAAAAUUGGAUCAACACGGAGACCGCGUGGAAGACACCAACCACCUCCAGAAGGAGAGGAAGGAGAAUGGAAAGAGCUGGAAAAUGCAGAAGAAAUUGAACAUCAAUUAAUAACUCAAGAUGCUGCAUCAAGCCUGAUCAAUGAACCACAGAAUACUAUGAGUGAGGUGACACCUAACAUCCAUGACUCAACAGUGACAACUGAACAAAUAGAAAUUAUUACCACAGAUGUAGAAACAGGGACUGGAGGAAUCGAUGCACAACCUUCCAUAUUAUCUGUUGAAGUUGAUCAGAUUAACACUGUGGCUUCUCGUGAGGUAGCCAAUGCAGAAGUACUGACUGAUACCAUAGAGCAAAAGGAAAAGUCAGCAGUGCAUGAAGUGAAGGAUUCUGUUGUCAUGCAUUUAAAUGAGCAAGAAAUGGCACCAGUCGUCACAAAAAUACAGGACGAUGCUUUAAUAGAGCAUGUGUCCUUAACAGUCAGAAUGCAUGAUAAUGAGAUUCUUGAUAAUGAAUGUGCCAGUAGAGCUAAUGCUCAUUCUACAUGUGAGAAUGUGGACAAUAGCAAUGCAGAAAUCGAGACGCAAUCCCAAACUAAGACAAAGAAAAAAAUUGGAUCGACACGGCGACCACGUGGAAGACACCAACCACCUCCAGAAGGAGAGGAAGGAGAAUGGAAAGAUCUAGAAAAUGCAGAAGAAAUUGAACAUCAAUUAAUAACUCAAGUUGCUGCAUCAAGCCUGAUCAAUGAACCACAGAAUACUAUGAGUGAGGUGACACCUAACAUCCAUGACUCAACAGUGACAACUGAACAAAUAGAAAUUAUUACCACAGAUGUAGAAACAGGGACUGGAGGAAUCGAUGCACCACCUGCCAUUUUAUCAAUUGAAGUUGAUCAGAUUAACACUGUGGUUUCUCAUGAGGUAGCCACUGCAGGAGGAAUCGAUGCACCACCUGGGAUACAGGUUAUUUCAGACAUGCAAAUGAACACAGAAAAUAUUCGUACAAUUGUGCCUGAUCAGGACCAAAACAUAACACAAGAACAGUUAGAGAAUCUUACAAACUGGGAAUCGGAACAAGACCAACCUGAAAGCACAAACCCAUUGCUUCAGGGACAAGAAUCACAAUUGUCUCAGGUUGAAGUGAUAAAAGAAAACGAAAACACACAGGAACAAAAAAUGGACCAAGACAGUACAAACGCUGGGGUUAUCAAGGCACACAAUAAUGAUACAAAGGAAGAAAUAAAAGCUGGUCCUACAGAACACUUUACCGAAGAGGACAUCACAAGCGCAUGUUCACAACAAUAUGUGCUUUGUGAAUUAACCUCUCAAACUUCUGAUCUGGGUUUAGCUACAAUUGAAUAUCCUUCACCUGCAACAGAGCAUCUGGAUUUCAAGGAAGAUGAAGCAAAUAGUAUAGAAAAUGUGAAAAGUAGAAAUGCAGAAAUCCAGCCACAAACUCAGACUAGGAAAAAGAAAAAAAUUGGAUCAACACGGAGACCGCGUGGAAGACACCAACCACCUCCAGAAGGAGAGGAAGGAGAAUGGAAAGAGCUGGAAAAUGCAGAAGAAAUUGAACAUCAAUUAAUAACUCAAGAUGCUACUUCAAACCUGAUCAAUGAACCACAGAAUACUAUGAGUGAGGUGACACCUAACAUCCAUGACUCAACAGUGACAACUGAACAAAUAGAAAUUAUUAGCACAGAUGUAGAAACAGGGACUGGAGGAAUCGAUGCACAACCUUCCAUAUUAUCUGUUGAAGUUGAUCAGAUUAACACUGUGGCUUCUCAUGAGGUAGGCAAUGCAGAAGUACUGACUGAUACCAUAGAGCAAAAGGAAAAGUCAGCAGUGCAUGAAGUGAAGGAUUCUGUUGUCAUGCAUUUAGAUGAGCAAGAAAUGGCACCAGUCGUCACAAAAAUACAGGACGAUGCUUUAAUAGAGCAUGUGUCCUUAACAGUCAGAAUGCAUGAUAAUGAGAUUCCUGAUAAUGAAUGUACCAGUAGAGCUAAUGUUCAUUCUACAUGUGAGAAUGUGGACAAUAACAAUGCAGAAAUCGAGACGCAAUCCCAACCUAAGACAAAGAAAAAAAUUGGAUCGACACGGCGACCGCGUGGAAGACACCAACCACCUCCAGAAGGAGAGGAAGGAGAAUGGAAAGAUCUAGAAAAUGCAGAAGAAAUUGAACAUCAAUUAAUAACUCAAGUUGCUGCAUCAAGCCUGAUCAAUGAACCACAGAAUACUAUGAGUGAGGUGACACCUAACAUCCAUGACUCAACAGAGACAACUGAACAAAUAGAAAUGAUUACCACAGAUGUAGAAACAGGGACUGGAGGAAUCGAUGCACCACCUGCCAUUUUAUCAAUUGAAGUUGAUCAGAUUAACACUGUGGUUUCUCAUGAGGUAGGCACUGCAGGAGGAAUCGAUGCACCACCUGGGAUACAGGUUAUUUCAGACAUGCAAAUGAACACAGAAAAUAUUCAUACAAGUGUGCCCGAUCAGGACCAAAACAUAACACAAGAACAGUUAGAGAAUCUUACAAACUGGGAAUCAGAACAAGACCAACCUGAAAACACAAACCCAUUGCUUCAGGGACAAGAAUCACAAUUGUUUCAGGUUGAAGUAAUAAAAGAAAACGAAAACACACAGGAACAAAAAAUGGACCAAGACAGUACAAACGCUGGGGUUAUCAAGGCACACAAUAAUGAUACAAAGGAAGAAAUAAAAGCUGGUCCUACAGAACACUUUACCGAAGAGGACAUCACAAGCGCAUGUUCACAACAAUAUGUGCUUUGUGAAUUAACCUCUCAAACUUCUGAUCUGGGUUUAGCUACAAUUGAAUAUCCUUCACCUGCAACAGAGCAUCCAGAUUUCAAGGAAGAUGAAGCAAAUAGUAUAAAAAAUGUGGAAAGUAGAAAUGCAGAAAUCCAGCCACAAACUCAGACUAGGAAAAAGAAAAAAAUUGGAUCAACACGGAGACCGCGUGGAAGACACCAACCACCUCCAGAAGGAGAGGAAGGAGAAUGGAAAGAGCUGGAAAAUGCAGAAGAAAUUGAACAUCAAUUAAUAACUCAAGAUGCUGCAUCAAGCCUGAUCAAUGAACCACAGAAUACUAUGAGUGAGGUGACACCUAACAUCCAUGACUCAACAGUGACAACUGAACAAAUAGAAAUUAUUAGCACAGAUGUAGAAACAGGGACUGGAGGAAUCGAUGCACAACCUUCCAUAUUAUCUGUUGAAGUUGAUCAGAUUAACACUGUGGCUUCUCAUGAGGUAGGCAAUGCAGAAGUACUGACUGAUACCAUAGAGCAAAAGGAAAAGUCAGCAGUGCACGAAGUGAAGGAUUCUGUUGUCAUGCAUUUAGAUGAGCAAGAAAUGGCACCAGUCCUCACAAAAAUACAGGACGAUGUUUUAAUAGAGCAUGUGUCCUUAACAGUCAGAAUGCAUGAUAAUGAGAUUCUUGAUAAUGAAUGUGCCAGUAGAGCUAAUGUUCAUUCUACAUGUGAGAAUGUGGACAAUAGCAAUGCAGAAAUCGAGACGCAAUCCCAACCUAAGACAAAGAAAAAAAUUGGAUCGACACGGCGACCGCGUGGAAGACACCAACCACCUCCAGAAGGAGAGGAAGGAGAAUGGAAAGAUCUAGAAAAUGCAGAAGAAAUUGAACAUCAAUUAAUAACUCAAGUUGCUGCAUCAAGCCUGAUCAAUGAACCACAGAAUACUAUGAGUGAGGUGACACCUAACAUCCAUGACUCAACAGAGACAACUGAACAAAUAGAAAUGAUUACCACAGAUGUAGAAACAGGGACUGGAGGAAUCGAUGCACCACCUGCCAUUUUAUCAAUUGAAGUUGAUCAGAUUAACACUGUGGUUUCUCAUGAGGUAGGCACUGCAGGAGGAAUCGAUGCACCACCUGGGACACAGGUUAUUUCAGACAUGCAAAUGAACACAGAAAAUAUUCAUACAAUUGUGCCUGAUCAGGACCAAAACAUAACACAAGAACAGUUAGAGAAUCUUACAAACUGGGAAUCAGAACAAGACCAACCUGAAAGCACAAACCCAUUGCUUCAGGGACAAGAAUCACAAUUGUUUCAGGUUGAAGUGAUAAAAGAAAACGAAAACACACAGGAACAAAAAAUGGACCAAGACAGUACAAACGCUGGGGUUAUCGAGGCACACAAUAAUGAUACAAAGGAAGAAAUAAUAGCUGGUCCUACAGAACAUUUUACCGAAGAGGACAUCACAAGCGCAUGUUCACAACAAUAUGUGCUUUGUGAAUUAACCUCUCAAACUUCUGAUCUGGGUUUAGCUACAAUUGAAUAUCCUUCACCUGCAACAGAGCAUCCAGAUUUCAAGGAAGAUGAAGCAAAUAGUAUAGAAAAUGUGGAAAGUAGAAAUGCAGAAAUCCAGCCACAAACUCAGACGAGGAAAAAGAAAAAAAUUGGAUCAACACGGAGACCACGUGGAAGACACCAACCACCUCCAGAAGGAGACGAAGGAGAAUGGAAAGAGCUAGAAAAUGCAGAAGAAAUUGAACAUCAAUUAAUAACUCAAGAUGCUGCAUCAAGCCUGAUCAAUGAACCACAGAAUACUAUGAGUGAGGUGACACCUAACAUCCAUGACUCAACAGUGACAACUGAACAAAUAGAAAUUAUUACCACAGAUGUAGAAACAGGGACUGGAGGAAUCGAUGCACCACCUUCCAUAUUAUCUGUUGAAGUUGAUCAGAUUAACACUGUGGCUUCUCAUGAGGUAGGCAAUGCAGAAGUACUGACUGAUACCAUAGAGCAAAAGGAAAAGUCAGCAGUGCACGAAGUGAAGGAUUCUGUUCUCAUGCAUUUAGAUGAGCAAGAAAUGGCACCAGUCGUCACAAAAAUACAGGACGAUGCUUUAAUAGAGCAUGUGUCCUUAACAGUCAGAAUGCAUGAUAAUGAGAUUCCUGAUAAUGAAUGUGCCAGUAGAGCUAAUGUUCAUUCUACAUGUGAGAAUGUGGACAAUAGCAAUGCAGAAAUCAAGACGCAAUCCCAACCUAAGGCAAAGAAAAAAAUUGGAUCGACACGGAGACCACGUGGAAGACACCAACCACCUCCAGAAGGAGAGGAAGGAGAAUGGAAAGAUCUAGAAAAUGCAGAAGAAAUUGAACAUCAAUUAAUAACUCAAGUUGCUGCAUCAAGCCUGAUCAAUGAACCACAGAAUACUAUGAGUGAGGUGACACCUAACAUCCAUGACUCAACAGAGACAACUGAACAAAUAGAAAUGAUUACCACAGAUGUAGAAACAGGGACUGGAGGAAUCGAUGCACCACCUGCCAUUUUAUCAAUUGAAGUUGAUCAGAUUAACACUGUGGUUUCUCAUGAGGUAGGCACUGCAGGAGGAAUCGAUGCACCACCUGGGAUACAGGUUAUUUCAGACAUGCAAAUGAACACAGAAAAUAUUCAUACAAGUGUGCCUGAUCAGGACCAAAACAUAACACAAGAACAGUUAGAGAAUCUUACAAACUGGGAAUCAGAACAAGACCAACCUGAAAGCACAAACCCAUUGCUUCAGGGACAAGAAUCACAAUUGUCUCAGGUUGAAGUGAUAAAAGAAAACGAAAACACACAGGAACAAAAAAUGGACCAAGACAGUACAAAUGCUGGGGUUAUCAAGGCACACAAUAAUGAUACAAAGGAAGACAUAAAAACUGGUCCUACAGAACACUUUACCGAAGAGGACAUCACAAGCGCAUGUUCACAACAAUAUGUGCUUUGUGAAUUAACCUCUCAAACUUCUGAUCUGGGUUUAGCUACAAUUGAAUAUCCUUCACCUGCAACAGAGCAUCCGGAUUUCAAGGAAGAUGAAGCAAAUAGUAUAAAAAAUGUGGAAAGUAGAAAUGUAGAAAUCCAGCCACAAACUCAGACUAGGAAAAAGAAAAAAAUUGGAUCAACACGGAGACCGCGUGGAAGACACCAACCACCUCCAGAAGGAGAGGAAGGAGAAUGGAAAGAGCUAGAAAAUGCAGAAGAAAUUGAACAUCAAUUAAUAACUCAAGUUGCUGCAUCAAGCCUGAUCAAUGAACCACAGAAUACUAUGAGUGAGGUGACACCUAACAUCCAUGACUCAACAGUGACAACUGAACAAAUAGAAAUUAUUACCACAGAAGGGCAAACAGGGACUGGAGGAAUCGAUGCACAACCUUCCAUAUUAUCUGUUGAGGUUGAUCAGAUUAACACUGUGGCUUCUCAUGAGGUAGGCAAUGCAGAAGGACUGACUGAUACCAUAGAGCAAAAGGAAAAGUCAGCAGUGCAUGAAGUGAAGGAUUCUGUUGUCAUGCAUUUAGAUGAGCAAGAAAUGGCACCAGUCGUCACAAAAAUACAGGACGAUGCUUUAAUAGAGCAUGUGUCCUUAACAGUCAGAAUGCAUGAUAAUGAGAUUCCUGAUAAUGAAUGUGCCAGUAGAGCUAAUGUUCAUUCUACAUGUGAGAAUGUGGAAAGUAGAAAUGCAGAAAUCCAGCCACAAACUCAGACUAGGAAAAAGAAAAAAAUUGGAUCAACACGGAGACCGCGUGGCAGACACCAACCACCUCCAGAAGGAGAGGAAGGAGAAUGGAAAGAGCUAGAAAAUGCAGAAGAAAUUGAACAUCAAUUAAUAACUCAAGAUGCUGCAUCAAGCCUGAUCAAUGAACCACAGAAUACUAUGAGUGAGGUGACACCUAACAUCCAUGACUCAACAGUGACAACUGAACAAAUAGAAAUUAUUACCACAGAUGUAGAAACAGGGACUGGAGGAAUCGAUGCACAACCUUCCAUAUUAUCUGUUGAAGUUGAUCAGAUUAACACUGUGGCUUCUCAUGAGGUAGGCAAUGCAGAAGGACUGACUGAUACCAUAGAGCAAAAGGAAAAGUCAGCAGUGCACGAAGUGAAGGAUUCUGUUCUCAUGCAUUUAGAUGAGCAAGAAAUGGCACCAGUUGUCACAAAAAUACAGGACGAUGCUUUAAUAGAGCAUGUGUCCUUAACAGUCAGAAUGCAUGAUAAUGAGAUUCCUGAUAAUGAAUGUGCCAGUAUAGCUAAUGUUCAUUCUACAUGUGAGAAUAUGGACAAUAGCAAUGCAGGAAUCCAAACGCAAAGACAGCAUAACAAAAAGAAGAAAUUUGGAUCAACACGGAGACCACGUGGAGGACAUCAACCACCUCCUGAUGGCGAAGAAGAAGAAUGGAAAGAUCUUGAAAAUACAGAAGAAAUACAAUGCAUUGAUCAUGCAGCUAGUUCAAAUUUGCUUACUGAGUUACAGAAUGCUAUAAGUGAGUCACUUGAUACCCACUGUACUAAAAAUUUAAAUGCCAGUCAAUUAGCAUAUCCCAUUCAACUUAUUCCUGAAACACAAGCUAGCUUAGACAUGCCAGUUGUUUCUGAACAGUACCAUACAAUGUUUGAAGAACCUUUAGAGAAUCCCAAAAAUAAUGAAUCAGAAAAAGAGCAAUGUGAUAGCACAUGCCCAAUUGUUCAUAUGCAGGAAUUAAAUUUGGCCCCUGAUUAUAUGGCAAAACAGAGUUCAGGAGAUAGUAACUCUGGGAGAAGGAAGAAGAUAGGUUCAACUAGAAGGAGUCUAAGAGUAAUAAAAGAAAAAGAAAACAUCCAGGAAGAAACAAGAGGAGAAAGUACACCAAACUCAGCGAAAGAUAAUGGGCAAAAAGGAGCAUACCACUUAACUGCCGAAAUAUCUCUUCAAUCCAUACAAACACAUUCCGAUCCAAUAAAUAUCAUAGAACAUGAGGCAGUAGAAAUGGGUUCCAUUUGCAAGAAUCUUGAGGAAGGACAGAGUAAACAAGAAGCAUGGCAAAGAUCUACAGAUAUGAGCCCAAGACAUGUUGGAGACUAUGAUAAAAAAUACUUAAAAUUAGUAUCAAAUGAAGACAUCGUUAACCCAGAGUCAAGUUCUUGUGACAAAAAGGCAAGCAUACAAGAGUACAAAACAAAAAUUCACCAUAAACUUGAUCAGUCAGAAGGCUCCCUUCUUAGUGAGAUAGAGCUUUACCUGAAUAAAAGUUUUGAAAAUACCCUAUAUGCUACAGCUCUUAACCCAAAUAUAUCAGAAUUUUCAGAACCAAUGUUUGAGGGGUCUCUCCAGCCACCAUCAUCUCAAAACCCUCAAAUUCAUAUGGAACAGAGUUCUCCAGCAAGAAAGAGAAAAAUGGGGUCAAGUCGCAAGAUGCCUAGAAACAAGCAUGAAGAAAAAACACCCUAUGAGAGCGAAGGGUCUGAACAGGAAAAAGAGAAUUUGGACAAGAAUAGUGUUAAAAAUAGUGAACCUAAAAUAGAGGCAAAGUCAGUUGAGGAAACAGAAGGCACAGAAGACAUGAAAGAAUCAGCUGAACUCAUGUCUGAAGUCCAAGCUCUUUCUGAAAUAAAUGAGAGUAGUACACAAGUCACAGAACAACCACUUCCAGAAGGUAGACGAAAGUUUGGGUCCAGACGUACAACGAAGGGAUGCAGUGGUCUAGGUGCAUUUACACAUGGUGAUUAUGAAAGCAACCAGGAAAACACAGAUAUUCAAAUGACUAAGGACUUAAGGGUUUCUGAUCCAAUCUCUCACCAGGUUUCUGAGGCAAGACCAGGAACUGAAGAGGUUACAAAAGUGAAAGAUACAAAUAUAUCUCCUGAAGCUGGCCUUGUUUCUCUGGAUAGCAAUAGGAAAACUUCACCAUCUGUUGUCAGCACUGGAAUUAGACAGAAAAUAGACUUUGAGCAAUGGAAUGAGCAAAUUCCAGAUUUUGGACAAUUGGUAUAUAACAUUGUGAUGGUGGGAAACAGCAGCGUGGGCAAGACGUCCUUCAUAAAACGUUUACAGAGUGGACAUUUCAUCCCCGAUUACAGCUCUACUAUUGGUGUUGACACCUUUGUUCAUACUGUUACUUUGGGUAGUAAAACAGUCAAAUUGUAUGUGUGGGACACCGCAGGUCAGGAGAGGUAUCACAGCAUCACUAGGCAGGUUUUCCACAAGGCCCAGGGGCUUCUUCUGAUGUAUGAUAUCACAUCAUCUCAGAGUUUCCAUGCUGUUCGUGCCUGGAUCUCCCAGAUUCAGGAAAAUGCUCACCCUGAUGUCAUCUUGAUGUUACUUGGCAACAAAAACGACUGUGCUGAUCGAGAAGUCCAGCUACAGGAAGGGGAGACUCUAUCAAAAGAAUAUGACAUUCAUUUUAUGGAGUGCAGUGUUGCAACUGGUGAGAAUGUGUCAGAAUCUCUGAAGACUCUAGCAUGGUUACUGAUGAAACAGAGAGUGAGGAAAGAGGAGGAACAUAAAACAUUACAGCCAAAGCCUCAACAAAAUAAGAAGUCAGGUUGCUGUUGAAAACUCUUUUUCUGUACACACACACACACACACACACACACACACACACACACACACACACACACACGCAUUUUAU